GGGAACUGAAGUAUUAAGCGCACUACAGGAAGAGGAAGUUCUCAACUGCAUUAUGCUGUAUUUAGCUUUUUAUCAGCCUGUUGCUCAGACAGUCAGCAGCAAGACACCAUGGAGGUUACAGCUUUCUGCAUCCCACUGUUGAUUAAUGCGUUGAUGUUGCUGGUUGCCCAUAUUCAGCAUGGUUAUCCUCAGACACCUGUUUCAGAUGCAGCUUUUCGUAUCGUUCCAACCAGACUGCAGCUCUUUGAAUAUGAGUCUGUCCAUUUUACCUGUGAGGGUUUUAAUGUUUCAGCUGGGUGCAGAGUGAGAACCAUCAAGGAAUUCAUUCCAAAAUGUUCAAAUGACACAGUAACGUCAACAGUGACCUGCACCAUUGACUUUGUCUUUCAAUCAGACAGUGGAGAAUACUGGUGUGAAGCUGGAGGAGGAAAGAGAAGCAACACUGUCAACAUCACUGUCACCGCUGGUUCUGUGAUUCUGGAGAGUCCUGCUCUUCCUGUGAUGGAGGGAGACGCUGACUCUGAGCUGUAG